AUGAACAAAGACUGGCAUAGUGACCAUUUUUGCUGUUGGCAAUGUGACCAUACUCUUACUGGUCAACGAUACAUUCUUCGAGAUGACCAUCCGUAUUGUAUAAAAUGCUACGAAGACGUAUUCGCAAAUACUUGUGACGAAUGUGCAAAAGCAAUUGGCAUUGAUUCUAAAGAUUUAUCAUAUAAGGACAAGCAUUGGCACGAGGACUGCUUUCUGUGUAAUAUGUGUAAGAUAUCGUUGGUUGAUAAGCCAUUUGGAAGUAAAAAUGAUCGGAUAUUUUGUUCGAAUUGCUAUGAUCAAGCAUUCGCAACUCGUUGCGAUGGCUGUGGAGAAAUAUUUCGUGCAGGUAUGAAAAAAAUGGAAUACAAAGGAAAACAGUGGCACGAUAAAUGUUUUUGUUGCGCACUAUGCAAAAUACCAAUUGGUACUAAAAGUUUCAUACCAAAAAAUGAAGAAGUCUACUGCGCGUCGUGCUAUGAGGAGAAAUUCGCUACGAGGUGUUGCAAGUGUAAAAAGGUAAUCAGUACUGGUGGUGUAACUUAUAAAAAUGAACCUUGGCAUCGAGAAUGUUUCUGCUGUACAAACUGUAAUACAUCAUUAGCGGGUCAAAGAUUCACCUCCAAGGAUGAGAAGCCAUACUGCGCAAAUUGUUAUGGUGAAUUAUUCGCGAAACGAUGCAACGCCUGCGUGAAGCCAAUUACAGGAAUUGGAGGUGCAAAGUUCAUAUCAUUCGAAGAUCGACACUGGCAUAACGAUUGUUUUAUUUGUGCGCAGUGUUCCACAUCCCUAGUUGGCAAGGGCUUUAUCACAGAUGGAGCUGAUAUCCUCUGCCCUGAAUGUGCUAAAGCCAGGUUAAUGGCUGCUAAUUCAUAA